AUGCCUGCGGGCAGGGCUCCUCAGCCGGCCUACGUCGAAGACUUCGACGAGGAUGCACAUGGCAUCGUACCCGAUAGUCGGCACUCUGCCAAUACUACGGCCAACACGGCUGUCAAAAUCUCCUCCAGGUUGGAUCAAAGAUUCCCAGCGGAGCCGCUGAUCGACGGCGCCAGUGACUCAGGGUAUUCUAGUCGUACCGCCGCCACUGCCAACAGCACCCAAUCUGGCCCAUCGGGCGGGAGAAGUCCCCCAGUCCCUAUUAAGCUGGACCUGCCCAAGCAACGCACCGAUCUAGCCAGAAAAAACUCCCGCCGCAGAGAACACAAAGACAAGGAACGAGAACGCGUCCGGCCAGAGCACGUUGAGAAGCAGAUGGGUACUCAUCCCCACCAGCUCGCUCACGUGCAACGGUCGUCGUCUAAGCCUCGUCGUCGUGACUCUGCCCACAUUCGACACUACAACCCACCCGAAGUUUACUACGAGGGCUCCCGGCCCUAUCACCAACAACCUUCCACCCCCGUCGAACGUCCCCCGAUGGACUACCCACCUUACCACUUUGGCCGGCCGCCGGGUGCCGACUACCCGCCGUCCUCGCCGCACACGGCUCGGUAUCCAUGGGCUGUUGAGGAAUACCAUCGUCCUGCAAGUCGACCUACUCGCUCAAACUCCUACCGUGCCCCGAUGUAUCACCAGGAACGUCCCAUGAGUAUGCAUGGUGGAAUGAUGGCUCCACCACCGCCACCCAUGUAUCAUCAACAACAACCACAGUAUUAUGAUCAUGGCCCUCCACCAGCAUCGUCGGCCUAUGUGAGUCAGUAUGCCUCAUCUCCCUACAGUGGUUCCUUCUAUGGCGGCUCUGAGUAUGGUCCUCCCUCGGACUAUCCGCGGGAACGAUCUCACUCUCGAACUCGGGAACGCUCUCAACAACCCCGAGCACGUCGCUCAUCUUCCAUUUAUGGUGGUCAACCCCCCAUGGACCACAGCGUCUUCCCAGACUGGAUGGACGAGCCGGAGCCAUACGACCAAUGGGCACCCGAAGAACCUCCUCGAGAGAUGCCUCGUGAGUACCGCCGGGAGAGGGAAACUCCUCGCGAGUAUCAUCGUGAGAGAGAUGUCCCUCGUGAAUACCAUCGUGAUGUUCCGCACGAGGCACCUCGCGGCCGUGCCCCAAAGCCCCCUCGUGACGAGGACUACUACAAGAUGCCUCCACCUCCUUUGCCAGUGCCUCAGAAGCACAAGGCCCAGGUCCACCAAACGAAACGAUCUGAACGAUCUGAACGACCCGAACGACCCGAACGACCCGAACGACCCGAACUAUCACGGAAGGCCCAUACCACCCAAGCCGUUUCAGCACCGCGCCGGCAGUCUCGGGCCUCGAUGGAUAUGAGUGACAUGGCUGCUGCGUUGCCCGAUUUCAGUCGACGCGUAUCCCGCGAAACCAGGCAGCUCGACCGUACCCGAAGUCUCCACGAGAGCAAGCGGUCAAAUUCCUACCAUGACCCCCGCCGGGGCGCUCAGGUCGCCGUCGAGAGCUCCCGCCGUCGCCGUCCAAUAGAGUAUUACUCUGACGAAGACGACGACGACGAAGACGACGUCGACAGCACCGGCACGGCAGGCGGCCUGGAAGACCGCGAACGUGAAAUCGAACGCUACCAAGCGCAAAAGUCCGGCCGAACGAAUACCAUGCCCGCCUCCGCCGAAGCGCUCCUCACCAAGAGCGCCGUCGGUGCCCCCAGUGAAAACGGUAGUCAAAAGAGCCGGUCGAACAGCAGCCGUGGUAGCGGUAGCGGCAACGGUGAGAGCAAGAAUAUGAACCUCAUGGUAAACGGAUUAACCAUCGGUUUCACUGAAGAGUCCGUCGCUGGCAAGAACAUUAGCAUCCGAGCCGGUGAUACAGGCCGCGUGCAAUUGUCUAUUGCCGGCGACCGCCUGCCCAAGCAGUAUCAUGCGAGCGGCUCUUCGUAUUCCGAUCAGACGGGUCGAUCUGCCCGGCGAGAGUUGGAGGAGGCGCCGCGACGCCCGCGUGAUGAUCUUCGUUCCGAACGUGCGAGCCGCCGCUCGAGUCAAUCGAGUUAUGGCGGUAACCGUCGGUAUGCGAGGUAA